AUCUCCUCUGUUUGCCUCUCUUCUAAUUUAAAUCCCAGGGAAGCAAAGCCCGGAAGCAAAGAGGACGCGGUGAGAGUGUUCUUCCGUUGCAUUUCCUCUUGGCUUGGCUAGCUUGGCCUCCGUUCUUUUCUUACAUCUCCCUCCACUCCAUCUCUUGCUUCCCUUAACCCCUGCCCUCUCUCCCUCCACUCAUCUUCUUCUUCUUGCCUUAACCACGCCCCAAAUCAACCCUUCAAAGCUUUCUUCAUCCGCUUCCCUCGCCGUCCUGCUGGUGUUCUUGAUAACUUCCGCAAGGUCUCUGCCUCUUCUCUUCUCUAGGAGGAUCGAUGGGUGACCACCUAGCGCUGCUCGUGGACCGGCUGCUCACGGAGGCGACGCUGGAGGCGGCGAUCGGGGGCAGGAUGAAGCCGGCGGAGACGGCGGCGGUCGGCUACUGCUGCGCCGCCGCUGCUGCUGGAGACGGCGGUCCCCCGAGCAAGAUGGUGGAGUGCAGGAUCUGCCAGGAGGAGGACUGGGACAGCGGCAUGGAAGCGCCCUGCGGCUGCCGCGGCAGCCUCAAGUACGCUCACCGGAAAUGCAUCCAACGAUGGUGCAAUGAGAAGGGCGAUACCAUCUGCGAAAUAUGCUUGCAGCAAUUCAGGCCAGGUUACACUUCCCCACAGAAGUUGUUUCACUAUGGAAGUAUACCAAUGAACUUCAGGGGGAACUGGGAGAUUGCUCGGCACGAUCUCAAUGAUUCUCAGGUCAUAACAAUGGUGCCCUCUGAGCGCGAUUUCAUGGACGACUACGAGGACUACUUGCCUGUGAGGACGAGGAGCAGCGCCUUUUGUUGCCGUACAAUCGCCAUAAUUUUCAUGGCCCUCCUGGUUCUUCGACACACUCUUCCUCUCGUGGUCGGCGGGAAUGGGGAGUAUUCAUUCGCCCUAUUUUCGCUUCUUGUGCUGAGGACUGCGGGGAUUCUAUUUCCAAUCUUGGUCAUGGUGAGAGCACUGGCGACCUACCACCGUCGUCGUCGCCAACAGGAAAACCAGGAAACCUAUAUGUCUUCAGCGGACACUGAAGGCGAGGAGGAAGAAGAGGAUGCUAUCGACACUGAUUCUGCACGGCCUUACUCUGAACCACGGCUGAUCCCAGUCUACUAACACCAUCAAAUUCAAGGACAACGCCCUGCUGCAGUCGGCGGAAGAGCAGAUCCCAGGAAACAAACGAAACAAGGGGGAAAAGAUUAGACUAUAUAUAUAUAUAUAUAUAUAUAUAUAUAUAUAUAUCCUGACUUAGUAGGAUAGUCUGAAGCCACUCGCUUCUGUGUGCACAAAGGAGAAUGGAGUGGUUCUGUACAUAUCACAAGACUAACCCAGAUGCUGUUACUUGUGAGCUUCUGUAGCUCUCCCAUGUACUGAAGAAAUCACCUAAAAUUACUUGCAAAUGGAGGGAAGUAUAAACCAGUAUCAGAAUCCAUGAUAUCACAUUCUCUUUC